UCUAAAACGCGCAAAGAUAAGGUCAUAAAACGUGGCGCUCAACGCGCACAAGCAACUAAAAUUUGGAACGAAGCUGAACUACUCAUAAACGGUGAAACGAACGAAGUUAAUAUUGAGAAACGAAAAUCGAAUUACUUUGAUUCAGAUCUAAUCGAAGACGAAAAGGGCUUAGAGACGGAGAUCGUUGAAGCCGACGACUAUUUAACGGACUAA